AUCUUAACGAGUGUUAACAGAAUAUUUUCUCUGUGAGUCAGUCACAAUAGCAUACCUUUAGUAAGUAUAUAACCAGUGCUGGGAUUUGAAAGAGCUUCAGUUGACCGCACCAAAGCGCCCGGGACGCGUCGAUUCUCUACCAAUUGAUAACAGUUCAGUGAUAAUGAUUUGGAAGACGGUUCUCGUCGUGUGCCUUGCAGUUGGUACCUUGGCCGAGUACCAGAUAUCUGAUGAUGAGCGGGAGAAGGUCAAAGAAGCAAUUGCAGCUCAAUGCAAAAAGAAUGGCGCAGAGGACAAAGCAGAUGACGUUCAGAAAGCCGGCAAGACCUUCCUCGAAUGUUUGAAGGCGCAGAUCGACCCAGCCACCAUUCAGAAGGAGAUUGAAGAGGCCAAGCCCAAAGGUGCCCUCGAUGAAGUUUUCGGAAAGUACUGCGCCAGGUCCCCUCAGCUGAAGAGCUGCUUCAACACGCUGAUCGACUCGGUGUCCCCAUGCCUGGACUCCGAGGUUCGCAACCAGGCGGAAGCUGUCAAGAACGGCACCGCCCAACUCCUGGACUUCGUGUGCCACAAGGAUGGCGACAGAAUUGCUCUGUUCAUCGCUGAGAAAGGCCCCGAGUGCUUCAAGGACCAGGCGGCCAAGCUCCGCCAGUGUGGCGAGCCCAUCCAAAAGUCCUUCAGCUCCAUCGAGGACAUCAAGAAAUUGUCUCUGGUCGAAAAAUGCCAGAAGUUCGACGAGGUCAGCACGUGCCUGGUGAACGCCCUGGAGGAGUGCCCUAACCCCACCCCCGGCAACAUGGCCGAGUCGCUCAUCAAGUAUGUGCGCAAGGGCUCUCCUUGCAACACUGCUCUGCCGAAGAACUAAUCAGCAAAGCUGUUGGGGAUCAUUGGUGUCAUUGUGCCAUUUAGAAAACGUGAUGUUAAAAUAAGUAAUUAAAACCUAACUGUCAA